AUGUCAGGUCUUGACGUUGAAGCUCUUCUCGAGUCCACAGCCGCACCACCCCCUCAAGAUCCCACUCAAUCCCAAGACCGCGACGAUGACCGCUCCAAGUCCGAACAAAGCACCGACCGCCGCGACCGUGACCGCUCACGAGAAAGGGAACGCCGCCGCCGAGACCGCAGCCGUCGAGAUGCCGAUGGAGAUGAAGAAAUGAAGAGCCCGAGAAGCGAACAUGGCAGUGCUAACGGAAGCCAUAGAAGCAGCAACAGAAAGAGGAGCAGGAGCCGCGACAGCCGUCGGGGGUCUCGCAGAGACCGCGGUGACCGCUACGGUGACGAUUACCGCUCUGGUGGUGGUGACUUUUACCGUGGUGGGGGCCGCGCGCGCACUCGUUCUCGCUCGCCUUUUGAUGAUCGAUACUAUCGCCCCUCGGGGGUUCGUCCGCGUCGGGAUGAUGAUGAAAAACGCUACCGCCGCCGUGAUAGCCGUAGACGCAGCCCGACCCCUAAAGGUCGUGACAAGACGCCCGAGCUUACUGAGGAUGAGCGCGAUAGGCGCACCAUCUUUGUACAGCAGCUUGCCGCGCGGCUGAGAACCAAGGAAUUGAUUGCGUUCUUCGAGAAGGUUGGGCCUGUUAAGGAGGCCCAGAUUGUCAAGGAUCGUGUCAGUGGAAGGUCUAAGGGUGUCGGCUAUGUCGAAUUCAAAAACGAGGAGUCAGUCCCACAGGCUAUUCAACUUACUGGGCAAAAGCUUCUAGGAAUCCCGAUUAUUGCGCAGUUGACUGAGGCGGAAAAGAAUCGACAAGCUCGCAACCCCGAGGCUACCAGUAGCAAUAAUCACGGGGCACCCUUUCACAGGUUGUAUGUGGGUAACAUUCAUUUCAGUAUCACUGAGAGUGACCUCCAGAAUGUCUUUGAGCCGUUUGGCGAACUUGAAUUUGUUCAACUGCAAAAGGAUGAAACCAACAGGAGUAGAGGUUAUGGUUUUGUGCAGUUCCGUGAUCCCAACCAAGCCCGUGAUGCACUUGAAAAGAUGAACGGCUUUGACCUUGCUGGUCGGGCAAUUCGCGUUGGCCUUGGAAACGAUAAGUUUACCCCUGAGGCGCAUCGUAGCCAUAGUGCAGCCCCACCACCGAUUUUCCAGGGUUCUUCAUUCUCCGGUCAGGGAGGACGUGGUGUCCAGGCUGGUGGCUCCAACAACUUUGACCGUGCUGGCGGCCGGGAGAACGAAAAAGGAGCCGGUGCUAGUGCUCUCGAUGAUACAGACGUUGCGGGUGUGAACUUCAACAACUUCAGUAGGGACGCAUUGAUGAGGAAGCUUGCAAGAACAGAUGAACCUUCCGAGCCUGCUGCCGAUGACAAGGCCAAGAUUCUCCGACCUAAGACUGAGACCAAGCCGUUGCCUGUUAAUGUCAACAUGGCAAGUCGUUGUGUCAUGCUUCGCAACAUGUUUGAUCCUACAGAGGAAGAAGGCGAAGUCUGGAUCAAAGAGCUGGAGGAUGACGUCCGCGCUGAGUGCGAAGAUAAAUAUGGUCAUGUCGUUCACAUUUCCCUAGAUCCGAACUCGCAAGGCGAUAUCUAUUUGAAAUUCGACCGUGUCCAGGGUGGCGAGAACGCCAUCAAGGGUCUUAAUGGCCGAUUUUUCGGUGGUCGCCAGAUUACCGCGCAGCCCGUCGUCGACGCUGUCUACAGCAGUCUCUUCUCCCGCACGAAGGCUAUCUAA